GUGCCGUGAAUAUCGACUUUUGGUGACAUUCUUUGCAACAGCGAGUAAGAAAACCGGUUCAAAAAUAUUACAUUAUUAAUUGGUUAAAUAACAAAUAGAAAAAUGGAACUUGGAUUACUUUGUGCUACUCGAUAAUUCCAAUAGUCAGUGUGGUGACAGAAAUAAGGGUAACUCAAUCAAUACUGCAAGGUGAUAAACUGUUUAACAGGUGAAAAUUGAUGUUGAAUGCUGGUACUCAACUGAUGCAUUUGCUACGCAAUGAUACAAUCAUUCCUUUUUGAAGUUUAAACUGGUACUGAAUAAAUCAUGUGGUCGUGCUUAUAUUUCUUUUAAUUUAGGUAUAGCCAGAUGUUGAUAUAACACUUUGGUUGGCAAAUUUACUAGAAAAAAGUGAUUUAAAUUUUAAAGAAAACAAACAAAAAGAGAAAACAUAUAAUGGAAAAUAAGAUAGUUAAAGAUUUGCUGCAGCAGUUACAAAGUCAGUGCCUAAAUAAAGGAGUUGGUGGAAUAAAAGGUCUUGGAGUUGCUUUUCGUAAAAUGGACAAAGACUUUACAAAGCAUAUUUGUUACACGGAGUUUUGUGAAGGAAUACAAAGCUAUGGCCUCCAAGUUGAAGAAAAGGAUCUGAUUUUGUUAUUUACAGCCUUUGAUCGGAAUAAAAACAACCAGAUAGAGUUUAUGGAAUUUGUAUCCAAACUCAAACCAGCUAUGUCAGGAAAACGAGUCGAUGUCGUUAAUCAAGCGUUCGAUGCACUGGAUGCAAUUAAAGAUGACGUACUGAAACUGGAGGACCUAAAAAUCGUCUAUUCACAAAAUGCUAAAAAGCAUCCAAAGUUCAUUUCCGGCGAAUGGACGGAAGAGCAGGUGCUACGGUAUUUCUUGGACAGUAUCGAUACACCUGGUAAUCCGGACGGGAAGGUUACACGUGAAGAAUUCAUGGACUACUACGCAGGGGUCAGUGCAACAGUAGACGAUGACAGUUAUUUCGAUUUAAUGAUGAGGGCGUGUUAUGGUCUACCAAACAGAGGAUCAUAGAAGGCAGGACUGACAGUUAAAACUGAUUUACUACGAUUUCUAUAUUGACAUAUACAUGUAUAUAAUAUUAAAAAUAAUCACAAUGUGGUAAACUUUAAAGGUACUGCCCUCUAGAAUUUGGCUAUAAAAUCAUCUUUCUUUGAAAGUGAAGUUUGGUCAUAUUAUGAACAUCACAAUAUGAGUUUUUGUUUCUAUAUAAACUUAAAAAUGCCAAUCAAGAAAAAAGAACAUGCCCGAGUUAAUAAAUAUUUCCCAGCGGUCUUUGGCAACACAUCACGAACCUAUUACUGGUUAAAUGUAAACCUUUAUAAUUAAGGCAGUUUACCUCAAGUACCCUGUUACAAACGCUUUUCAAUUUUGAAUGGAAAAAUUAGUUAAAAAACCAAUUCUUAUGUUUUUCCGAAAUUUAUAAUCUGUCAGCAACUAAGUUUCAAAGCCUUCUUGAGAAAUUUAGCAAUAGUUUUUUUUUUUUUUUUUUUUGUUUUUUU